UUAAAGGUCACUUUACAUGAUCCUGAAAAAUGGGUGACAUGGGAGAAUAUUAUCAUCAGAUAUCUGAAAUUCAGAAAGCUGUAAGAGAAAGGGAAAUACAUCGCCUUCAGCUAGAGAAGCAAAUUCUGAUGAAGACUCACAAAAGGAACAAAAGAUAUGAAGAACUGCAAGAUAAAAUCAAGGAGGUGCAGAAGGAACUCGUACAAGAAGAGCUCAAAGCAACACAGCGCUACCAGAGUCUGCUUGCUCAAGUUGAUGCAUUGAGAAGAGAACAUGAUUUGCUGGCUGCCCAUACAGAGAGACUGAGACAAAAGAAGCGACAGUAUGAGAUGCACAUAGCCAAUACUUACAGUGAUCUUCAGUACAAAAUACAAGGUGAUAAGUACCAUUAUUUUCAAAACUCAGUUGGAGCACCUGGAAGGAAUGUUUCUCAGCAGCCCUACACUCCUGUCACUAGCCUACCUACCUCCCAACCAGUCAUUGUUCUGCAGUCUCAUAUUUCUCCCAUUACUUCAUCUAGUUCAUCCACCUCCAGUCAACAACCUACAAAGCCUCCAGGAAGUUAUUUACCUCAAGUGUAUAUGAAUUACCCAGCAUAUGAACAGCAGUUGUUGCACCCAAAUGGAAUUCACCUUCAAACUGUUGGUCAAAAGGAAACAUCCAUACGUUUCACAAGUCCACACACUGGAGAAAGAACUUAUACUAAUACUCCAGCUGCAGUGACAAGUGGAGCCACUAACUUAUUUAAUUCCUCUGCUCAGUAUUGUCAUUUGGGAAAUAUAAAUGAUCAAUCAAAUUCUGUUUCUGACAUAAUUCAUACCACACCAUCUGGAGAUGUUAAUCAACCUUUGAAUGAAAGUCAGAAUACAGUUGUUGCACCACAUGAUUUUAAUAGCUUUAUUCCAGUAAGUCAUGUGGAAACUAAUCACUCUCUACAUAAUGUUUUCUCAGAAGUGCAGCCUUCACAAGAUUUAGUUACUGGUGAUGCAGAAAGUAUUGCACUUCGAAAUAUCUCCAUUCCUGAUCACCUUACUACACAGGACUUACACAGUCAACAACUGCAUAAUAAUCCUCUCCAGAAUCCUAUUAGUAGAACACAGUACAAUCAAAUGGGUAAUAGAAGUCAUGCACAUUUACCAGAAAACCCAACCCUGCCAUCUUCUAUAAAUUCACAAUAUGAUUCAUCUAAAAUUCCUGCAGUGACAGCAAUGCUAAGCUUACCAGAAUCUGUUUCAUCUCCCAAGUCUUUAACACAUACUCAGUUUUUAGAAGCUAAACUAUCUGAAGUUUCAGGUCAUGGAUCUGUUAUGAAGAAUGAUGAAAUUUUGCAUCAAACUCCCAUGCAAACAACCAAUGAGAGUGAAUAUAAUUUAUGUGAAGUUCAGAUUUCAGGAAGAAACACCAUUGAGAAAGCAUCCACUCACUCUGUGCUGGAAAAUGUCAAAGAAAAUCAAAAUGCAAAUAUUGAUGCCAAAGAGGAGGAAGCAUCAGUUGAGCAACAACUGUCUAAUGCCCUAAAUAAUCAACCAUUGUUACUAAAUUCCAACUUAAGCACCAGUGACUUAAAUGGAGAGGAGCAAACUUCAGAAAAUGAAAAGGAAAAUGUAGAUAUGUCUGCAAGUGGUAUUAUUAUUGACAGUGAAAAAAAAUUAACUGACUCAACUGCGAAUUCCUUGGGAGAUAAAUGUUUUGCAGAAACUUUGAAUAUAAACAAAGAAAACAGAUAUCAGAGAAUAAGUAAUGAAUCAUUGCCUGCCUGUGAUGGUGGUGAAUUGCCUGCACAUUCAACCAAUGAUAACACCAAUAAAUCACAUGUCACCAAAGAUGCUCAGUCUGCUUUACCAAGCAAGGAAACCUGCCAAGUAAACCUCAUCUCUUCUGACGCCAUAACUAACAACAAUAAUAUAGUAACAGCAUCACAGAAAAAGCAUUGUGACACUGCUUUAACAGCAUCCAUGGACUCGACAGUAAUGAAAGCUGAUGUAGACGCACCACAGUCAUCUGUAGUUCACAUAAAAGAAGAACCAAGUAAUCUUAUAAGAGAAGAUGAAUUAAAAAAGACAUCACAUCAGUCUGUUGAAAGUAAAUCAAGUUCUUCAGAAUUAACCUCUCCAGAAAAAAUAGAUCAACAUUCUCACAGAGAAAGAAAUGAUAUUCACAACACCAAUGAAAAUGAAUCUGGAAUAGCAGAAGCCUUGCAUUUAAAAGUGUCAGCAGAGAAUCAAGAGGAGGAGGAGGAUUCAGAUUUCUUUGAUCGUGAUGUAGUAGUUACAGCUACAGCAGCAUACAGAAGUCUGGUAGGGAACACACUAGGUGACGCAGCAGCUUCACUGGGCACAGAGAGUGAAAGUGACGAAGUUGAAGGACAGAUGUCUUCUGUUGUUUCUAAGCAGCAAACUCAGUCAGCAAGAUCAACAUUCAAGCCAUUUGCAUCCAGCAUCCCAUCUCUAAGGCCUCAACCACCAGAAACUGAUACAGACAGCGUUGACAGUGUGGAGGCAGCCAUACAAGCAGCAUUGAAAAAUAAAAAAGAUCAGCCAUCUGAUGCUGCUCCUCCAGCUCAGCCUCGUCAAUUGUCCUCACAAGGCGGCUUACGUUCCCAACCAGUUCCAGAAUCACCAAAGGAAAUUAUCAAGCCUGGAAUUGGAAUUACUCACAACAAAAUGCAUGCACCUGCAGCUCUCCAGCUGAACUUGGCAUCUGAUUCAGAAUCAUAUGGUGUCAGUGCAGGAGAAGAUGGUUCUGAUGAUGAUUUUGAUUUUUAUGAUAAACUUUAAUAUACUAUUUUAUAUCACUGAGAACCCUAUUAAUUUCCUAUGUACUGUGCUUAAAAAAAAAACAUGCUGGCAGUCUCCCACUGAGGAAGGGUGACCCCCCCCC